AUCCCAAACAUGAACAAAUAAAAAACCAAAAUCGAGAAAAAAGAAGAAGCAUUCGCAGAUUUGGGCUUCGAGAGCAGAGAUGCUUCAAUGUAUAUUCCUCAUCUCCGAUUCUGGAGAAGUAAUGCUAGAGAAGCAGCUUACGGGUCAUCGCGUUGAUCGAUCCAUAUGUGCUUGGUUCUGGGAUCAAUCUAUUUCUCAAGGCGAUUCCUUUAAGUUACUUCCAGUGAUUGCUUCACCAACACAUUAUCUAUUUCAAAUCGUUCGCGAUGGCAUUACCUUAUUAGCUUGUAGUCAAGUUGAAAUGCCACCGUUGAUGGCAAUCGAGUUUCUUUGCAGAGUUGCUGAUGUUUUGUCUGAGUACCUUGGUGGGUUAAAUGAAGAUCUGGUUAAGGAUAAUUUCAUCAUUGUCUAUGAGCUUUUGGAUGAGAUGAUCGAUAAUGGUUUCCCUCUCACAACAGAACCAAGCAUCCUGAGGGAAAUGAUAGCUCCACCGAAUCUAGUCAGCAAAAUGUUGAGUGUUGUAACGGGAAAUGCUUCCAAUGUUAGUGACACGCUCCCGAGUGGGGCUGGCUCUUGUGUUCCAUGGCGACCAACAGAUCCAAAGUACUCUAGCAACGAAGUUUAUGUCGACCUCGUUGAAGAAAUGGAUGCAAUUGUAAACAGGGAUGGAGAAUUGGUAAAAUGCGAGAUUUACGGUGAGGUCCAAAUGAAUUCCCAGCUCAGUGGUUUUCCAGAUUUGACAUUGUCGUUUGCGAAUCCAUCUAUCCUCGAAGACAUGAGGUUUCACCCGUGUGUCCGCUUCAGACCGUGGGAAUCUCAUCAAGUUCUCUCCUUUGUCCCUCCAGAUGGAGAGUUCAAGCUUAUGAGUUACAGGGUGAAGAAGCUGAAGAACACACCUGUAUAUGUAAAGCCACAAAUAACAUCAGAUGCGGGUACAUGUCGAAUUAGCGUGCUAGUGGGAAUCAGAAGCGACCCAGGAAAGACGAUUGAGUCCAUAACCUUGAGUUUCCAGCUUCCUCAUUGUGUUUCAUCUGCAGAUCUCUCAUCAAAUCAUGGAACUGUAACUAUUCUCUCUAACAAGACAUGUACAUGGACAAUCGGACGAAUCCCAAAAGACAAGACUCCGUGUUUGUCAGGAACACUAACGCUGGAAACAGGUUUAGAACGGCUUCAUGUGUUUCCGACAUUCAAACUCGGGUUUAAGAUAAUGGGUAUUGCUCUUUCUGGCCUUAGAAUCGAGAAACUUGAUCUUCAAACUAUCCCUCCUCGUUUGUACAAAGGGUUUCGUGCUCAGACACGCGCCGGUGAGUUUGAUGUCAGAUUGUAGCUUUCUGGUACGGUCAUGCCGGUCAAAAGUCUUGACUUUGGGCUCCUGUGAAUUAUUUGUGCCAAAUGGUUUUAUACAUCCAAUGGUUUUUUGUGAUCUAAGUUAUGAUAUUUUUAGGGCUUUGAUCUGUAACACUCCGAACUUGCGGAAAUGGUGGAAUGCAAUUAGUGGAAAACCUGAUGUAACUAUGAAUUCUCAUUCCAUUUUAUUGAAUAUUUUAAUUCUCCGUGUU